GCGCGGGGAGUGUCAGGAAGAGGAAGAGCGCGGCCAGAGGCCGUGCGGGCGCGCGGAGAGCAGGGGCCGCGCCGAGGGGAGCGCCGCGCGGGCCACCAUGGCCACGGACGAGCUGGCCAGCAAGCUGAGCCGGCGGCUGCAGAUGGAGGAGGAGGGCGAGGGCGGCGGCGACUCCGCGGAGCAGCCCGGCCUGAACGGGGCCGCGGCGGCUGCGCCUGGGGCGCCCGACGAGGCGGCGGAGGCGCUGGGCAGCGCGGACGGCGAGCUGAGCGCCAAGCUGCUGCGGCGCGCAGACCUCAACCAGGGCAUCGGCGAGCCCCAGUCGCCCAGCCGCCGCGUCUUCAACCCCUACACCGAGUUCAAGGAGUUCUCCAGGAAGCAGAUCAAGGACAUGGAGAAGAUGUUCAAGCAGUACGAUGCUGGCCGGGAUGGAUUCAUCGACCUAAUGGAGCUAAAGCUCAUGAUGGAGAAACUUGGAGCGCCCCAGACCCACCUGGGCCUGAAAAACAUGAUUAAGGAGGUGGAUGAGGACUUUGACAGCAAGCUCAGCUUCCGGGAGUUCCUCCUGAUUUUCCGCAAGGCGGCGGCUGGGGAGCUGCAGGAGGACAGCGGGCUGCACGUGCUCGCCCGCCUCUCCGAGAUUGAUGUCUCCACCGAGGGCGUCAAAGGGGCCAAGAGCUUCUUUGAGGCCAAGGUGCAGGCCAUCAACGUGUCCAGCCGCUUCGAGGAAGAAAUCAAAGCUGAGCAGGAGGAGAAGAAGAAGCAGGCGGAGGAGAUGAAGCAGCGGAAAGCGGCCUUCAAGGAGCUGCAGUCCACCUUCAAGUAGCGAGGGGCUGCGGCCCGACCAGCGCCCGGUCCGGCCAGCGAGAGUGGGUGAGGGUGGGCAAACUGGGGGCCGAGCCUGACUCCUGGGCUCCGUCUGAAGGGACCAUACUAAACACCUACAAAUGUCUGUGAGCACAGCCAAGUUGCGCGGUCUCACAGAAGUGGCCCAGCCUCCGCCUCGCUCCCCGCUGCAGUUCCUGAGGCCGCGACACCAGCGCUGGCUCCCUGCCUGGCCCAGCCCUCCCUGAUGCCCCUAAGUCUCUCUUGGACCCCUGGCUGCGCCCUGCCUGCUCCAGCGCUGCUCCCUGCCCAUGUGCCUGCCCUCCACACCCACCCCUCUCCUCCCCUGCGCCUCUCCCUUCUCCCUUUCACCUCCUCCAUGCCCAGAAACCGCCUGCCCUUCACCCACAGGCUACACUGCCCUGGGACACUCAGCCCCUUCCUAGACUGGGGGAGCGACAGAUGGCAAAGAUUGCGGCUGGCUCUGUAGAGGGGGACCUAAGGAGCUGAUCAGAGUCACAAGGGUGCCCCACCCCCAGCACCUGUUUCCGCAGCGCUGCCUCUCCUCCACUGGAGAUGGGGGCAAGGGGCUGGGGGGAAGCUUCUAUUGUUGUGAAGGGACCGAGGCCCUGGCACCCCACGCAACCCCAGCUCUCUGGGGCCCAGCCAGGCAGGGGGAGGGGACGCUGUGUCAAUCUACCUCAUGGGCCCACACUCUCCCAGCCAUGCCAUGGACCAUGGGCAGGGGAGGCUCUGGGGGCAGAGACACUACUCCCUGUUCCCCCUGGGACAACUUGAGGGUCUCGGGGGUGCUGGAGAGAGCAGCGUGGAGAGGAGGGAUUGACCCCUUCAAUAGGGAAGGAAAUCGGCACCGUGUUCGUUCUGCAGGAGGCGACCAAGAAGUGCUUUAUGCAGUUUGUGCGACCAGGCAGUGGGGAGCAGGGGACCUCGCUCGGCCCUUUCACACCAUCCUUACCCAAGUGACAUUCCCCACCUUGUCACCAGUGACAGGACUUGUCCAUCACACCCACCCCCCGAGGAAGCAUGGGGACCCCAGCAUUCCCCGUGUCCCUGGCCCAGCCCUGCACAGCUCCCAUGUGCUUACUGACGUGUGUGCGUGUCUGUGUGUGUGUGUGUCUGUCUCUUAUCGUGAAACUGUGCCCGUCACCCAGUCCAAACAAAUGAGUGGCCAUCGAGGCCACAGUUAUGCAACUUUCGACGUUCGCGUAUGUCAUGACAGCGUCACUGCUUUUUAAAUUCAAUAACUUUAUUUUAGUAAAACGCCCCCAAGAGUCUAUGAAACCCCCAUUGGACUUGCAGAGGUUUUAUUUUUUUGGCCUUAGAAUCUGCAGAAAUUAGGAGGUACUGGCCCCAGUGCGUGCAGCAACCUUGGCCCUGGAUUGCAUUUGCCUUAGGGGAUAUGUUUAUACAGAUGAAUAUAAAAAAGUUCUUUUUCUUUCGG